CAACUGAUAUAUAGUACACCAUUGAGAGAUCAGAUUAAUCAAGUCCCUCUUUGGAGGUUUUUUGUCCAUAUGAAUUGUGGAACAAAUAGACCGGGCUUACUUUUCCACGAUUUUGCUCACAGAAUGGCAACUUCGCAUACCAUUAAUUACGUACUCAUCAUACUCGUUGCUGUUGCAUUUCGAGACCAUGCAUGUAGCCUGGAAUGUGGAAGUGUCUAUAUUGUUCGUGACCUUAUGCGCGGUGGAAAUGCUGUGCUGCGAAACGAAUGGCCUUUUAUUGUAGCUGUGUAUGAAGUGAAUCCAAUAAAAUACAUUUGUGGCGGAACAUUAAUAUCAAACCGGCACAUUCUAACAGCUGCACACUGUAUCCACCGACGACAUUCCAACGUGAAAUUGUCUGCAGAUGAUAUCAAAGUGCGGCUCGGGGCAUACAAUCUUACUGUCGAAAGCGAAAUAGGAACUGUAAAUCGAAACAUUUCUGCCGUUUUUGUGAAUCCCGAUUGGAAGCCAGAUGCAGACAGGUUUGAUGCGGACUUGGCCAUUCUAGUUCUUAGCGAAAAUGUUACCUUUUCAAUUUACAUUCAGCCGAUUUGCAUUCCGACCAACGAUGUCGUUAUAGACGGAGCAGUGAUUGAUGUGAACGGUACUGUUGUGGGAUGGGGCUUAGCGGAUGACACGCGUCACGAAGAGGUUCCCCGAAAAAUUGUCGCAACGGCAUUAACAAAUUCGUUGUGUUACAGAAGUGAGCCCAGUAUCGUUAAGUCGACGUCAUUUCGUUCGUUUUGUGCUAGGGGUCAAGAUGGAACGCCGAAUAAGGGCGAUUCUGGAGGGGGAUUUUUCGUGCUCUCCAAAUCGUCUUGGGUGCAAUAUGGGAUCGUGUCGGCAAUUCAUGCCAGCACCAAACAAUUUUCAAUUUACACAAAUUUGAAAGCUUUUAAACGCUUCAUUGUUGAAACGGUUACCGAAACAGGUGGUGAGAUAGGCGAAUCCACCAUGAAAGUCCAUUUGAAUUGUACGUACAGUAAUAGUGACGACGGCAACUACACAUGCAGUUUUAAUAAAUUGGAGGUACGUUACGAACAUAACGAGAUUGAUAAAGUCGAUGGAGUGCAUGGAACUGGGAAUGGAAAUGAGAACGUUGGUUCGAUUGAAUUCAAUAGUGGAUUCAUGUUCACCCUCCCAGAUGGUUUAGGAAGAGUGUUUGAAAAUGUGAAAACAAUUCGAAUUGGAAAUUCAAAUUCGUCGUUGGGAUUGAGAAGGAUAUGGCGAUCAAGCUUAACAAAUUUGAAGGGUUUGCUGGUUCUGGAUGUCAAGCGAAAUGAAAUUGAGUUGCUGGAUGAGGACUGUCUCUGGGAUCUACCAAGCUUGGAAAUAUUUCGGCUAGUAGACAAUGAGCUGAAAGAAUUGCAUGAACUCACGUUCGAUAAAAACAAACAAUUAACUGAAGUCCAUCUCAGUGGUAACAGACUGGAAACACUGCCGAAAAGAUUAUUCGCAAGCAAUCAGUUGUUGAACUACAUAGAUUUGGAGAACAAUUCGUUGAGGAUUAUUGACGAACAGAUUUUUAUGAUGAACAGACAUGUGCUAAUAAUCGAUUUGUCGUCGAAUCGAUUAGAAAGUCUGCCCCGCGAUUUGUUCAAACAUAAUUUCUUCUUGUCAUCGUUAUCGUUGUACAAUAAUUCAUUAACGACCAUAGACGAACAAAUGUUCCACAGAAAUUUACGUCUCGACAAAGUGUAUUUGUCUGCGAAUCGAUUGAUCGAGUUGCCUAAAAAUUUGUUCAGAAGUUGUGAGUUAUUGGAACAGGUUUUUUUGGAUCAGAAUUCAUUAACGUCGAUCGAUGAGACAUUGUUCGAUAAAAAUGUUAUGUUGACGACAAUCUACAUUUCAUCGAAUCGAUUGGAAUAUCUUCCGAAAAAUAUGUUCAAGAACAAUUCAGCUUUACAAUUACUGGCAGUCGGUAACAAUAUGUUCCGAACAUUGGACGAAAAUAUCUUCCAAAUGAAUGAAGAGAUCAGACAGAUUAAUUUUGCAUUUUGUCGGUUGGAAUACUUACCGAGCGAUUUGUUAAAAAAUAAAUUUUUCAUCAGAUCUGUUAAUUUUGGAAGUAAUUCUCUGACCGAAAUACCCGAGCCAAUUUUCCACAGGAUCCUUCUACUUCGAACAGUUCUUUUACAGUUCAAUAAACUGGAAUCGUUACCGAAAUCUCUGUUUCGUAAUAAUGCUUUGUUACAGGAUGUCUUCGUGGACAACAACCGUUUGAAGACGUUAGACGAAAAAACUUUCGAAAGGAACCUCAAAUUGAAGGUAGUCUCUCUGGGAUCGAAUCGAUUGGAACAUCUGCCCCAAAAUUUAUUUACAAAUAAUUUGGAUAUCGUGAGUGUGAACAUUUCUGACAAUUGUUUGCUGUACAUUGAUGCGGAUUUGUUUGCAACAAACCUCAAUCUCAAAUAUGUUGGAAUUUCAUCUAAUCGACUCGAAUCGUUACCGACACCAUUAUUCCGAAACAAUUCGCGUUUGAAGAUCAUUGAUAUUCAUAACAAUUCAUUGGCGACAAUUGACGAAAGCAUUUUCGAGACAAACGUGAGACUUACUUACGUUGGACUAUCGACAAACCAUUUGGUAGCUUUACCAAAGAAUUUAUUCAAAAAUAAUUUGGUGCUGGAGAGAAUUUCAUUGUUUGGAAAUUCAUUGAAAACAAUAGACGAGCGAAUUUUCGCAAUGAAUCCUAAUCUUAAAACCGUUCUGCUAACAUCGAACCAAUUGGAAUAUUUGCCGAGUAAUUUAUUCAACAGCAAUGCAUUACUGGAGGAAGUUCAUUUCAAACGGAAUCUUUUGCGAAUUGUCGAUAUUGACUUUAAGCAACUGGGCCACAUAAAUGUAAUUGAAAUGUCCAACAAUACAUGCAUCGAUGCAAUCUACAGCAAUAAAGUCGAUACAUCUAAAUACUUUACCAAUCAUUUUAGAAAUGUAACGAAAUUUCAAGAAUUGCUCAAAACGAACUGUAGUCUGACUUAGACCUAGAAAAUAUAGGAGUUCACCUCUAACUCCAUUAGUAGCUUGUCGUCUUUGAAAAUCGUUAAAUAUACGAGGAGAACAGAAUUGUUGAGCAAUUUUUAUUAACAUGCUUUUGAUUUCCCUAGAGUCGAAAGUGGCUU